AUGAUUAGAUCAUUAGCUCCUUCGAUCAACAGAUCUCAUGCCGUUUUCAGACAUCGAUUGACUAGAAUUUGCAUUAUGUCACAGUGUCAAGCAUUCCAUACGGACUCUCUUACGAGCUACAUGGAGCAGUUGGCGCUCAGUCCUUCUCCUUCUCCACAAAAGAAUCUCCCAGACCAAUUCAAACCCGUUCAGAAAAUCGAGGGAAUUUUUGGGAACUCAGCAGAUACUACUGGUCUCCAACUUAGGGAUUAUCAAAAGGAUUGUAUUGUGAAGUGUUUACGUGCCUUUGAUCAAGGGAAAAGAAGAAUCGCCGUCAGUUUGGCUACCGGUGGUGGGAAGACCGUUGUGUUUAGCAGUCUCAUAAAGCAUAUGGCUCCAUUGACUGAAAGUCAAGGAGACAAGACAUUAAUUUUGGUUCAUAGAAAAGAACUAUGUGAACAGGCGGCGGCCACUUGUGCAAGAAUCAUGCCCGAGAAAGUUGUGGAAAUAGAUAUUGGGGGGAACAAGGCGUCAGGCAUGGCGGAUAUAACUGUGGCAUCUAUUCAGUCGUUAAAUAGAGGCGAUAGACUCUCAAAAUAUGACCCUAAGGAUUAUAAAUUGAUCAUUAUUGAUGAAGCGCAUCAUGCUGCUGCGAAAUCAUAUAUCAAUAUUCUACAAAACUUUAAUGCUCACAACACCGAGACAAAAGUAGCGGUUGUUGGAUUUUCUGCCACCUUGGAUAGGCAUGAUGGUAAGCUGCUAGCCGAUUCUAUGGAUUAUGUGGUAUUUCAUAAAGGUUUGGAUGAGAUGGUGACUGAUGGGUGGUUAUGUGAUGCAAAGGUUACUGUUGUUCGUGAUGAUGACCUUGAUUUGUCUUCAGUGAUUGUUAGAGAAGAAGAUUUCACCAUCACUGGUCUAUCAAAAGCAGUGAAUACGGAAAAAUCUAACGAUUUAAUAUUGCAAACUUAUCUCAAAUAUAGAGAGGAGGAUCAUUUUGAGUCGACCUUAAUCUUUGGAGUUGAUGUCGAUCAUGUCCAGGCGCUACGUGAUUUAUUUGCUGCCAAUGAUAUUAAGGCAGAAUGUGUCACUGGGAAAACUGCAGCUAGUACACGACUGAAAGUAGUUACAGAUUUCAAAUCAAAAAAGAUCAAUGUGUUAGUCAAUUGUGGGAUUUUCACAGAAGGUACUGACAUUCCAAACAUUGAUAGCAUUAUUUUGGCCAGACCUACAAAAUCUAAAAAUUUGCUAAGUCAGAUGAUAGGUCGAGGUUUAAGAAAGCAUGAUGCCAAAGAGCUAUGCCAUAUCAUUUCUUUUAUUCCUGUUCUGAUUGAAGUCGCCACGGUUCCUACCCUUUUGGGUAUAAGUUAUCAACUUCCAACUAAAAAAUUUAACACCAAUAUGAUGAGCUCCUUCAGCCGUGAGAAGCCUCUUUUGAGAGAGUUUUCCCAAGAUAAGCUCAAUUUCAAGUUAUUUGCUUCUCUACGUGAUUUCGCCUAUCAACCAUCAAGAAAAGAGUCCGAUGCCAAAUAUUUCACAAAAGAUCUGUUGGCUUGGAUCAGGAGUGAUAAAGAAACUUGGUUACUAGAAUUUAGAAGUGGGUAUGUGAGAGUUACAAAGACUCCAUCCCCAAUAGAUGGUGGUGAGUCAAGUUUUCUAACCAAGUUUUAUGAAGCCCUAGGAGCUUCUUUUCGAUACACUAUUGCGGAAGAAUUUAUGAAAUCGUCAGUGCUAGAAACAAUAUCAACUGUUCACGAGAAACUAAAAGAAUAUGCGCCUUCUCAGUAUUAUCCUCGCAAACACGCUUCAUGGAGAUUCCAAAGUGCAACUGCAGGCCAAAAGAAAGCAAUUUUGGGAUAUUUUGGUCGUACUUUAUCAAAAAUGAGCUUGAAAGUGAGUAUGAUUCCUUUUAAAGAAAUACUUGAAAAAACUAUCGACGGAAUGAAUAAAGGAACUUGUUCUGAUUUAAUUUUCAUGCAGACAUUGGGUAGUAAAGAAUUUCAUAAGAGAAUCAUACAAGCGAUUGAAAGCAAAAUGUUGCUUGUUGACAAAAAGACUGAAACUAAACCUGGGAAACUGGCCAUCCCAAUUGACCAAUUCCGGGCCCAUGAGGACAUAGGGCGUACCAAAAAAAUAAAUCGUCGGGCUUAG